GUCAAGAGGCAAUUCUCAGGAGUGUGACUAAUGCCACCUGUCUUACUAGUCUAAACUGUUUGGAAAUCGCGUUAUGUGAUGAGCUUGUGUCGUUGGUAGAUGGAGAGCCAGGGCUUUUGCCUUGCAAUCUUGAAGUUUUGAAAAUAUAUGAGUGUCCAAAUCUGAAGGAGUUGCCAAGUGGACUGAAAGACCUCAAAUCUCUCAAAUAUUUGACUAUAAGGCGAUGUAGAAGUUUAGUCUCCUUCCCAACAGGGGGUUUGCCGCACAACAUGAUACGUCUUCGUAUUACAAGCUGUGAAUCAUUGGAGUCUAUGCCGGAAGGAAUUGUGUGUCCUAGUAAUUACAGUGGCGAGACGUCUCAUCUCGAGAAAUUGUAUAUCUCUGGAUGUGAAUCCCUCAGAUGCUCUUCAAAUGGAAAGUUUCCAUAUUCCCUUAAGACUCUUCGAAUUCACAACUGGACGCCACAAUUUUUAAACUCGCUAUACUGUGGGCUUUCUCAUCUUACAGAAUUACACAUAGAGAAGUGUCCUCAAUUAGAGUCGUUUCCAGGGAAGGAAUUGCCUCUCCCUUCUCUUAUCUCUUUAACAAUAGCUCACUGUGAAGGAUUGAGGUCUCUAUCCAAUCAUAUGCAAGACUUUCAAAGUCUCCAACAGUUAGAAAUAGGGGGCUGUCAUCAAUUAGAGUUUUUCCCAGAGAUGGGAUUGCCCAACCCCAAGCUUGUGUCAUUUCAAAUUUCCUGGUGCAAAAAUUUGAGGUCUCUACCCAAUCGGAUGCAAAACCUCACUUCCCUUCAAUCUAUAGAUAUAUCAGUAUGUGAAGGUAUGGAGUCCUUAGAAGGAGGUUGUUUACCCCCUAACCUAACUUCCCUUCAUAUUCGAGAGUGCUUGAAUAUGAAACAGCCAAUGCUAGAGUGGGGACUCCACAGACUCGUCUCUCUUAGAAGUUUGGUUCUAAACGUGGAGUCAACUGGAGAUUUUAUUUCCUUUCCAGAUGACGACGGCUUUCUGCUUCCCACUUCUCUUACCCACCUAUUCAUUAUUGGAUUCAAGAAUCUAAAAUCCAUAUCCAGGGGUAUCCAAAAGCUCACCUCUCUUGAAAAAUUAUCAAUUUGGUGGUGCCCAAAACUGCAGUCCUUCCCAGCUGAGGGCCUUCCUGCUACACUUGAAUGCAUAGAUAUUCACAGCUGGCCUAUCAUUUCUGAUAUCCCCUUUGUUGGUAUAGAUGAUUUUGCAGUCCUUCCCAGUUAAAGAUGACUUUGCAGCACUCCAACAAUGAGGAAAUUUCACCUUCUUGGGAACAAAAAGGAAUCUAGCUGCUCCCUUUCAGGUACUGAAACUUAUUGAAUUAUGUCUGUCGCAGUGAAAUGGUAGAAACUAAGCUCAACAACUCUGCAGAUUUUGGUGGCAUGCACUGAUGAUGAUCAUAAAAGUUGGAAAAUGUUAAGAUUACUAAUCUGUCUUGGAUCAGGACAUUUGAGACUCUAAGAAUUUAGUUCAUUGAAUACGUGUAUAUAUACUUUUUAUUUGAUUAUUUUUAUAGUUAAUAUUAUCAAAUUAUUUUUAUAAA